AUGAGAGAGUCCUUUGGCUCAGACGGCCAACCAGGAUCAUAUACGGAUAUAGACUACACUGAUUGCCUGUUUUUGGUCGGCCACAACGUCGCGGCCACACAGACGGUCCUGUGGUCAAGAAUUCUUGACCGCCUCGACGGACCAAACCCGCCAAAGCUCGUCGUUGUUGAUCCGCGCAUGUCCGAUACCGCAAGAAGAGCAACGGUUCAUCUUGCCCCACGGAUUGGUACCAAUCUGGCGGUCUUGAACGGCAUCCAGCAUCUCUUGUUUAAGAAUGGCUGGAUCAACCAAGAUUUUGUCUCGAAGCACGUCAUCGGGCUCGAGCAGCUCGAGCAAACUGUCUUGGACUACACUCCUGAGAAGGUUGAAGAGAUCUCUGGCAUACCCGCAAAAGACCUUAAAGAAGCCGCCAAACUCAUUGGUAACUCCAACAGUCUCCUGUCGACAGCAUUACAGGGCGUCUACCAGUCGAACCAAGCCACCGCAAGUGCAUGUCAGAUCAACAACAUCAAUCUGCUCAGGGGUCUGAUCGGCAGGCCAGGCAGCGGCGUCUUGCAGAUGAACGGUCAGCCUACAGCGCAGAACAACCGCGAAGCAGGAUGCGACGGCGAAUUCCCUGGCUUCAGAAACCACAUGAAUCCGGUACACAUGCAAGAGCUGGCGGACCUGUGGAACAUCGACUCCAUCAAGGUCCCGCACUGGAAUGAGCCGACUCACGUUCAGAACCUACUCAGCUACAUCGAGGACGGCUCCAUCAGGAUGAUGUGGAUCUCGGGAACGAAUCCUCUUGUCAGCUUGCCGAACUUGCCGCGGAUAAGGAAGCUCCUCACGGACCCAGGCUUAUUCGUCGUCUGUCAGGAUAUCUUCAUGACGGAGACCGCUGCCAUCGCCGACGUGGUGCUUCCCGCGGCGCAGUGGGGUGAGAAGACGGGAUGUUUCACCAACGUCGAUCGUACCGUCCAUCUUUCACACAAAGCCGUAGAGCCCCCCGGGGAAGCGAAGUCAGAUCUCGACAUCUUCCUCGACUACGGGCGUCGCAUGAACUUCAAAGACAAGGACGGCAAUCUCCUUCUUCCCUACAAAAGUUCUGAGGAAGUGUUCUGCGCGUGGAAGAAGCUUUCACAUGGCCGGCCAUGCGAUUACACCGGCUUGUCGUACGAAAAGUUGACCGGAGGUUCUGGUAUUCAAUGGCCGUGCAACGAGGCGAAUCCGCAAGGAGUAGAGCGUCUGUUCAGUGAUGCCAAGUUCUUCACCGAUAUCGACGUUUGCGAGAGUUUCGGGCAUGACCUCGAAACUGGAGCGCCAUACUCCAAGGCCGAGUAUGCGGCUUUAAACCCCGCGGGUCGCGCGAUUCUCAAGGCGUGCCACUAUAGUCCUUCCAUGGAAGAGCCGAACGAGGAGUAUCCGUUUCAACGGUGGGAUCCCAUCUCCAAGCAACCCAUGUUCAAGGCUGGCGCCGUCCGCAUAGAGAAGAUUGAUGCAUCCGAAAAGCCCCAAAUCCCUGAGUUACAAUCUGCCGCAGAAGAGUCAUGUUCAAGUAAAGGAGUCGACGUGACGGCCGUGGAUGAUUCCCUAAAGCGCAAACGACACCUUGAGUCUUGGCUCGGCGAGACGUAUGAAAGCGUCAAGCAACUCUCCGACAUCUACACCAAUCUGCUACCUGAUCUCAUUCACGAUCUUGAAAUCGAAGGUGGUGUCAGAGUUUUGCGGCGGAUAACCGAAGAUGUCAGAAAAAGGCUUAGCGAGCAAGUCGACAAGUUCGGGGAAGACGUCUGCGGGGGCAGCCGUAAAGCCACGACUCUGAGAGAAGCCAUUUUCCCUCCUAUUGACACGCAGCGAAGCCCAUACGAGGUCAUGGAGACGCUCCAAGGUCUUCACAUCUAUCUCUCGCACAUCGAGGGUGGGCUGAACGCGUUGAUUCCUGUCAGUCAGGCGUGCUGGGAUCUUGAUUUCUUCGAGGCAGUCCAGUUUGGACAGACCAGUAUGCAUCGUAUGCAGGCUUGGGUUAAUCAGCAGAUCAUGGUCAGGGCACCUCAAUCUCUUCUGGUGCCGGCGUUAGUUAGGGACUGA